GUCUGAUCGAACCAUCGUCACCAGCACUGCUUUGUCGCAACCAUGUGCCCUGGACCAGCCCUUCACCUAAGUUGUAGCGUGCGCACAUGCAUGUACUGCGGGACCGUACAGCGGCAGAUAUUUGUGCGACAUCUUUCCAGCUGGCGAACCUCAGAGCCUCUGCAUGCACAGCCGGAAGAUUCAGGACUAAUACGUACAUCCUUACAAUUAUCAACCGUUACCCUGCAAGUUCGUCCCAAGCGGCGGAUGUAGUACGGGCGAAUACUGAAACUUAUACACCGACAUAUGGCCAUCCACCAAUGACGAGCUCGGGUGUGGGAGGGUCUGUUUCAAUGUCUCAGGGAAACGGUAUUUCCCGAAAAUUUGAAGGUGUAGUCCCGGAUGGCCGACAUUUCUCCAGCAGUAAUGCAGCAUUUCCUAAAUCUGAUAUCGUCGUGUUUGUUGUCGUCGCUAUCUUGAAGUGGCUCUUCUUGUGUGCAUCCCCGCACCUGUCAGGACAUGUACACCGCAAAUCCGACUCAUUGGAAUUGGUAAGAGUGUAAUUCGUGAAAUUGGGGAUGACCCAAUCAGUUAUUCAAUUAUCCGCCUUGAAGCCUCGAUGGAGUCAGACUUGGAUCAAUGCCGU